AUGUCGAGACGAGAAAGCGUGAGUUCUUGGCCCAAGACCCCUGAGUUUGAACCUAGAGCCUCAACUCAGCGCGGAGCAUAUGAUGACCUCGGGCUAAGCCUGCCUUCUCCCGACGUCAGAACUCCAGAAUACGCUCCAGAAUCCCCCUUACGUUCGUAUGGAGGUUCUCAGGGGUCGCCAAACACUUAUGGAUUUCCAGGGGCCUCUUCAUCUGAAGAUGCGCAGCAGUUUCAAUGGUCCAUCGCAUCCCCGCUAAGCUCACCCGAAUCUCCAGCGCCUGCACAGGGCAUCUGGCCUCCAAUUGACGCGUCUGCUUACCCUCAUGACCCACCUGCACUAUUUGCUAGUCCUCCAUCCCAGCCUUAUCCACCACAGCGCAGCAGCCAGCGCAACAAUGCUCUUCGAACGAGCCAACACAGCAACGCGUCUGUGAGCGCACCCAAAUCUGUUAGAUUCGCCGACGACUUAGAAGAGGGCGAAGGGUUUGACGAGGGUUCAUCCCACGAGAACGCGAGCCCACGGACCGACUCCCAAUUUUAUGAGUCCCCAAGACGUGACAGUGCCAGCAGUGUUGCUUCGACGAUCCGGCAAGCCUCUGAGGCUGUUCGCCAUGCCGUUGAUAUUUCUACUGAACGGGCUGCUGUACCAGCUAAAGCGUUGACAUGGUUCCAACUCAACUACGGAGUUCUGAUUUUGAUACUACUCAUGUCCUCUGUUGGCAUCAUGCGCCUCUUCCGCACGGUGCCUCAGGAAGGCCAGGACAAUAUGUCACAGAACAGGCCGGUUUUCGAUACGCCACUAUAUCUCAAUUUCACGGAGAGCCUUGAACCGAUUUGGGCUGAGUACAAUAACAUACUAAAGAACAUGGAUUAUGAAACGUGGUUCUUAGAUGCGAGGGACGCGGACGAUGUGAUCAGCGCCCUUUACAACACCCUGCCAUCAGUCCAAACGCAAGUGGGUAAGAACACGACACGGUCCACCUUGAAGCUCAAGAAUACACUAGACCUACGCGCUGGGCUGAGAAAACGUGCCGAGGCGAGUUUUGAGAACUUCCUCCGGGCAAGGAUUGAUGUCGUGGCUCGAAUGCUGGAUUUGGGAGGUGCUUUCGCAGAGUAUGCGCAAGGCACCAUUUUGGCCCCUGGACGAAAGACUUCAACGGUGGAAUUAAUGGAAAAGUCCAUCUUCAAGCCAAAGAUGGAUGAUUACAUGGAUGUAUCAUAUACUCCGCGAAAUGAAACGGGGCACCUACUCAACCAUGCAGCCAGGGCCUUGCUUGGCAAGAUGGUUGAGGCUCAUCGCCCUCUCUACGUUACACGCGAACAGCCGGCGGCGCUGUCAGAGUUGGAUACGAUGAAUAUUACGUGGCCUGGUUUACCAGACUGGAAGGCUCGGCCCGAGGACCUCGAAGCGAGGGUGUUGCAUGCGCUGACGGAUAUAAUGAUGGCUGAGGAAGCUGAGAAGAAGGUGAUGAAGUAUCUAUUAGCCCACUCGCCAGCCGCAGGAUUAUGGGAUAUUGGCCGGCAUAAGGGAGCACUAGGACGACUGGCAGUAAGACUCAAGGAAUUGCAGGGCAAGCUGAUAUCUUUAGAGGCAAGGAUGUUGUGGCUGAAAGAGAGAUUUGACGCUGAGGUCGCAUAUGAAUACCGGCGGUCAACGACAAAUAUACCGGAGACGAGUAAGGACAGGCUGAUUUGGGUGAAUGGCGAAGCCGAAUUUUGGGCGAGUUGGAAAGGUAUAUUGGCGAUGUCUCUGGCGGCCAAGGAGCAAGCGGGUCGGCGGAGGCAAGCUUUGCAGGCCGAAAUUCUCCGUCAGGACUAUGAGAGGAGUUCGAAGGCGUGGCGCUAUGAAAGGUGUGGGAAUACGUCUUGCUUCCAGAUUGAGCCUGACGGCGCGUUUGGAAAGAUAUUCGGCUCGGCUCAGCGAGGACUGCGGCUUGCGGGUGGAAAAAAGGAGCGGCCAUUCGCAAAGAGGCCGGAUAAGAGACUUGAGAAAGAAGCACCGUAUCGCAUGGUUGGGGCGUAUGAGAAGGCAUGCUGUGGCGAGAGUACAUACAAUCCUUGGUUGGACGUCCUGAAGUAUGGAGUCCAAGAGCUCAUUGACUUGAAUCCCCAUCGAGGUAAGGCAUGGGACUCGCCAAAGGAGCCGCAAACGGAUGGACAUUAG